GCCUGGAGAGAACAUGCCCAAGUUUUAUUGUGACUACUGCGAUACGUACCUCACCCAUGAUUCUCCAUCUGUGAGAAAGACACACUGCAGUGGUAGGAAACACAAAGAAAAUGUGAAAGACUACUACCAGAAAUGGAUGGAAGAGCAGGCCCAGAGCCUGAUUGACAAAACAACGGCUGCAUUUCAACAAGGAAAAAUACCUCCUACUCCGUUCUCUGCUCCUCCUCCUGCAGGGGCGAUGAUUCCACCUCCCCCCAGUCUUCCCGGUCCUCCUCGCCCUGGCAUGAUGCCAGCACCCCAUGGGGGCCCUCCCAUGAUGCCAGUGAUGGGCCCUCCUCCUCCUGGGAUGAUGCCAGUGGGACCUGCUCCUGGAAUGAGGCCACCCAUGGGAGGUCACAUGCCAAUGAUGCCUGGGCCCCCAAUGAUGAGACCUCCCGCCCGUCCCAUGAUGGUGCCCACUCGGCCAGGAAUGACUCGACCAGACAGAUAAGGAUAGAGGGAGGUCUCUUUAUGUCAGUUUUAUAUUACUUGUUCUGCUUCACCAGGAGAUCAUGGUGCUGUGACUCUGGGUGUUUUCUUUACAUAAGGAAAAUUUGCUCCCCCUUGCUAUCAAAGAGAGAAUAGUUUUGAAGGGAAGAAGUAGAACCAAAAAAAGGGCAGUCUUCAUUUGUAUUGUGAAAUGUGAAAAUAAAAUUGUCAACUCUUUCAGUUAAAAAAAAAAAAAAA